AUGGUCCCUGCCCUGCUGCUGUGCCUGGCCUGGGGCUGGGCAGCAGCCCCUGAGCCCAGCUGCCUGUCAGCCCAGUUCAGCAGGCCUGGGGACUACAUCCUAGGAGGUUUGUUCCCUUUUGGGAUGGACACCACCAACCUGACGGCACGAGCAGAGCCCAGCCUGCUUGGGUGUGAAAGGCUGUUUGCCGACGGGCUGAUCUGGGCUCUCGCCAUGAAGUUUGCCAUCGAGGAGAUCAACAACUCCUCCUCCCUCCUGCCCGGGGUGAGGCUGGGCUAUGACAUGUACGACACCUGCCUGGAGCCCCUGGUGGCCCUGCAGCCCAGCCUGCUCUUCCUGACCCGCAAGGGCAGCAGGGGCAUCGAGCUGCACUGCAACUACAGCCACUACCAGCCCCGGGUGACCGCCGUCAUCGGGCCGCACAAGUCAGACCUCUGCCUGGCCACAGCCAAGCUCUUCAGCUUCUUCCUGAUCCCUCAGGUCAGCUAUGGCGGCAGCAGCGAGCAGCUCAGCGACCCCGAGCUGUAUCCUUCCUUCUACCGCACCGUGCCCAGCGACAAGAGCCUGGUGGAGGCUGUGGUGCAGCUGGUGAACAGGUUUGGCUGGAACUGGAUUGCCACCAUUGGAAGCGACGACGAGUACGGGCGCGGAGCCCAGGUGCAGUUCUCCGGCAUGGCCGGGGACCACAGCAUCUGCAUCGCCUUCGAGGGGCUGAUCCCCACAGACCUCACCGACCCCGAAGCCACAGCCCACCUGGAAGACACCAUUGCAGCCAUCAACAAGACCAAGGUCAACAUCAUCAUCCUCUUUGCCUACAACAAGCCAGCCCAGGCCCUGCUGAGGCACAGCAUCCGGAUGGGACUGAGCAAGAAAGUCUGGAUUGGCACCGAAGCCUGGGUCCUGUCCGACACGGCCGCCUCCGUCCCAAACGUGCAGAGCAUCGGGACGGUCCUAGGCUUUAUCAUGAAAACAGGCACAGUCCCUGGCUUCCAGGAAUAUGUCACUGACCUCUUCACCUCUGUUCAGCAGGAGGACUUUUGCCAGGAGUCCAGAGAAGCCGCCCAGCAGCUGGGCUCGGCCGCGCCGCACGCGCGCUGCCCGCCCUGCGACCGCGUCUCGCUGGGGGACAUCUGGCCCACGCUGAGCCUCUCUCAGGUCCAGCCAGUGCACAUGGCUGUCUACAGCGUGGCUCAUGCCCUGCACAGGGCUCUGGGCUGCACCCACCAAGCCUGUCCCACAGCACCCAUCAGACCUUGGCAGCUGCUGCACUUCAUGAACACCUUCCCAUUCCAGGUGAAUGGGCAGAGCUUCAGGUUUGAUCAAUCCCAUGGCACACACACAGGCUACAAGCUCAUCUUCUGGUCCUGGAACAACAACAGCCUCACAUACCUGCCUGUGGGGGACUAUGAGGGGUCCCUGGACAUCAACAGCUCUCUGAUCCACUUUCACACUGCAGAUCAAAAGGAGCCUACAUCAGAGUGCUUGAGGCACUGUGAGCCAGGACAGUUCAGAGAAAUCAAAGGAUUCCACCUCUGCUGCUAUGACUGCACAGACUGCCCAGAGAACACCUUCUGGAGCAGAAAAGAGAGCUCCACCUGCACCCCCUGCCUGCAGCGGCAGUGGUCGCCAGCCCGCAGCACGCGGUGCUACGAGCGCGGCCACAGGUACCUCCGGUGGAACGAGCCCCUCGCCCUUGCCUUGCUGACCCUGAUGGCCAUCACCACGGCCCUCACCUGCCUGAUAGCUCUGCUCUUCCUGAGGCACCUGCAGACCCCCCUCGUGCAGGCUUCCGGGGGCAGGCUGAGCCUCUUCGCGCUGCUGGCGCUGGUGCUGCUGUGCCUCAGCUGCUGCCUCUACGUGGGGGAGCCCAGCGACCGCCUCUGCACGGCCCAGCAGGUGCUGCACGCCCUGAGCCUCACCGGAUGCUUCUCUACCUUCUUUGCCAAGUCCCUGGAGAUCACCCUGGUGACAGAGUUCCCUGGCUGUGCCCCCAGGCUCCUGCGCUGGGUGAGGCGGAGGGCCUGGCUGCUCGUCGCCCUGUGCCUCCUCGCCGAGUGCUCCUUGUGCUGCUGCUACCUGCUCCUGGGCCCCGACUCCCUGCUGCCCGACUACAGGUCGCUGCCCAGGGAGGUCCUGCUGGUGUGCCACACGCGGUCCUGGGGAGCCUUUGUCCUGCUGCAUGGCUGCAAUGUCUGCCUGGCCUUCAUCUGCCUCCUGGGCACCUUCAUGGUGCAGAGCCACGGGAAGAAGUACAACAUGGCCAGGGGCAUCACGUUUGCCACCCUCAUCUACUUCGUCACCUGCAUCUUCUUCCUGGCCUUCUUUGCCACCCUGAAGUCGGUCCUCAGGUCUGUUACUCAGAUCUGCACCAUUCUGACAACCAGCCUGGGCAUCUUGGGGACCUACUACAUCCCCAAGUGCUACAUCAUCUUGCUUAAGCCUGACCUGAACACAGAGGAUUACUGCCAGUACUCCAUCAAAGAGGAGCCAGAGGACGACUCGGCCAGGCAAUAA